AUGAGUAGAGAGAUAGAAGUGCAUAAUCAUCAUCUAAAUGGCAGUUUGCCAGCUGAUAUUCCCGAGGAUUUGAGAGAGUUUUUGUCAGAAGUAGAAGGUGUUAGUUUUGAAGAAGCUAUCUUGCAACAGGCAAGCGUUUAUCAAUCAUAUCAAGAAUCUGGUAGGAACAGGGUUGUGGCUACAGAUGAUGAGCACUCGAGUUGUUCUUCAGAGGAUGAGGAAGAAGAUGAGGAUGAGGAUGAGGAUGAGGAUGAGGAUGAGGAUGAAGAUGCAGAUGAAGACGAAGAUGAUGGUGAAUCCUCAGUGCAUGAAAUUGUUAACUCACAAGAAGUCACUGAUGAAGCUUAUGCUAGAUCCUUACAAGAAUUUGGGGAGGAAUAUGAUGAGUUCAUGAUAACCGAAUUCAGUGGCAGAGCAAGUGGUGUCACAGAAAGUCCUUCGACACAGGUAUCCAGUCCAGAUUCAAGCCAAGAUGACAUUGACCCUGAUAAUAUGCGAUAUGAGGAAUUACUAAACCUUAGUGAAACCAUUGGUGUUGAAAACAUAGGACUAUCCGCAGAGCGCCUUUCACUCUUACCAAACUACAUCUACACAUCCGGAAUGUUCUCAAAGAACAAGGAAGAAAGUUGUGUGAUAUGUCAAGAGAAUUUCAAAUUCGGGAAACGCAUGAUAUCGUUGCCUUGUUCUCAUCAGUAUCAUAGUAAAUGCAUCAGCGAAUGGCUGAAGCUCAAGAAGAAUUGUCCUAUUUGUCAAAAGGAGGUGGUAUAAGCCUUUUGAAGCAAGGAUGGAACUUGCAUGAAAAUGAACCAGCAAAAAAAGCUGGGACCAUUUCUGCAACAAUUGCGAUAGUUGGACCAAAGGUGUUAUGACACCAAAGUUGCGGGAUCAAACCUGUAAUUUACUCUAAAAGUUACGAGUUUGAAAUCCGUGGAUGUCAGCUAUAUAUAACGGCACCUCAAUCCCAACACCAAAUUUAGUGUUAAUUACUUUAUCUCAACAUCAUGUUUGGGUAACUAGUGUUGGUGUAUUAUAUUUAGAGGAAUAGACCACUAGUCAUAAGGGUG